UUCUGGUUCCUGUAUGUGAAACCAGCCACUGACGAAUAAAUAGUUGUAGUUAGUGUUAAGGCUUUUGAGGGGGAGAGGGCCUUUGGUCUGGUUGGGGUUCGAGGUUGACAAUUUUGAGGAAGAAGAAGAAAAAGAAGCUUGCUUGUACACCUCCAGUGAGGGAGACAAGAAGGUAGAAGUCUGAAAUUUGGUGACAUUGUAUAAAAAUGGCGAACAGCAAGUACGAGUAUGUGAAGUCAUUCGAGGUGGAGGACAAAUUAAUGCCAUCUACAUGGAUUGUUCUACGAAUAGACGGCCGUCAUUUCCACCAAUUCUCUGACAAGCAUGAAUUUAAGAAACCAAAUGAUGAGCGAGCUUUGAAACUGAUGAAUGCUUGUGCAGAGGCAAUGUUUGAAGAGUUUCCAGAUUUAGUCUUUUCAUAUGGAGUUAGUGAUGAGUACAGCUUCGUUUUCAAAAAAACAACAGAAUUCUACAAUAGGCGAUCCAGUUCCAUCACUGUAUCUUUUUUCACAUCUGUCUAUGUCAUGAAAUGGAAAGAUUUUUUUCCGGACAAAGAUUUGAAGUCCAUACCUUCUUUUGAUGCUCGUACCGUUUGCUACCCCUCCACUAAGAUUGUUCGAGAUUAUUUGGCAUGGAGACAAGUAGAUUGUCAUAUUAAUAAUCAGUACAACACUUGUUUUUGGAAGCUGAUUGAAUCCAGAAAGACCAAAAGUGAAACUCAAGAUAGAUUAAAGGGUACUCAAACCCAGGACAAAAAUGAAAUUCUGUUCCAACUUGGGGUAAACUACUCCGAUCUACCAGCCAUAUUUCGUAAAGGAUCCUGCGUGUUCAAGGACAAGGUAAAUUCUUGUUUCGUGUCAUCACUUAAGAACCAUAUCUUGCACUUUCUUUACAGAUCCAUAUCUUACCCUUUUUUACACAUGCACGAUGAUGUGUUACAAUCUAAUAAAUGUUUUGUCGCUUUUUAUACUCCGGUCGAGGAGAUAAUGAAGUACAAUGAAAAUGGACAGCCUGUCAAAAGAUCAAGAAAUAAGGUGAUUACUGAUCAUUGUGAUAUUAUGGGUGACAAAUUUUGGCAAGAGCAUGCGAGCAUCCUCAAGGACGAGUAGGAAUCAUCACAUAGUACAUCGAGCACAAGCUCAGUUUCAGAAUAAUCUUGCUCUGUGUUAUACGAUUCAUCAAUUCUUUUGGCAUUAAUUAUAGAGAUUUUACAUUCUAGAUUGUCUUAAAAGGGAAUGGUUAACAUGUUAUAGAUGAGAUCGUGCGAGUUCGGACUCUUGAGUCUAGACUAUCUAUCUAGUUUCAGUGUCAUUGUAGUAGAAAUGACCAUCCGAAUUCAAAGCUAGGGGGUGACUGUUUAUGAUGCUGCCUAAUUUUUAUAUUAUUUCGGUCAUGUAUUGGUUAUUUGAAGCAAGGAAACCUUAGAGCAUCUCCAAUGGAUUGUGGUGUGCAUCCUACGUGGAUGGUGCAGGUAGACAUCCUUUUAAAAUGUAAAUUCAAAAAUUUCCUAUAAUUUAGGAAUUUGAGAAAAAUUAUCUCCAAUGGUAGAUGUUUUGUAAUGUAUUUGGAAUUAUCACAUCCUCUAGAAGAAUCUCUGAAACUAGAGGAUGGACUAAAUGUUGUGAUAAUAACUAACUCACCACGUGAUCUCACACCCUCCUUUGGAGAAGUUUUUUUAAUAAAAAAAGUG